GGCACCAAACCUGGAAAUAUGUCCAGGAUCUGAGGCUCAGUGUGGGAUUGUUGGACAAGGAGCUGGGAAACAAAGUGUUUGUGUGUAACUUAAGGCCACACAGGGUCACUGCUACAGAUCAGGACCCACACUGACCCAGAUCUAAAGGUCUUCACCCCGUCUUCACCCUGGACCACGCAGUCACACGUUAGCUUCCUGAACUCAUUCAGACAUGGAGAKUCAACAAUCUAAGGACUCAAAGACCAAACAAGAAGAUGUCACAACGGGUGGCGCUGCGGAUGCCGAGCUGGCCAAAGCCAUCAUGUCCCGGCGUUUCCACCCCGCAGUGAUUGGCCCAGAGACGUGGGAGGGAUACGUCUUCUCUGAUCUGGAGAUCCGAAUCAAAGAAUCCACGGAUUUGUACGGUGCGGUACUCUGGCCCUCGGCAAUGGUUCUGUGUCACUUCUUGGAAACCAACCGAGACAAAUUCAACCUGGCGGAGAAAAACGUCAUCGAGCUGGGAGCUGGAACUGGGCUCGUCACCAUUGUAUCCAGCAUUUUAGGUGCUAAAGUAACAUCUACAGAUCUACCGGAUGUGUUGGGGAAUCUCCAGUACAACGUAACGCGCAACACCAAAAACCGAUGCAAAUACAUCCCCCUGGUCACCGAGCUGAUCUGGGGUCAGGAGGUGACUCGGCGUUUCCCUCGCACCACACAUUGUUUUGACUACAUCCUGGCAGCUGACGUCGUCUACGCCCACCCUUACCUGAAUGAGCUGAUGGAUACCUUCGACCACCUGUGCCAGGACCACACUCAGAUACUUUGGGCCAUGCGUUUUCGCCUGGACCCAGAGAACAGCUUCGUGGACCGCUUCCAGGAGCGUUUCCACCUGGAGGAGCUGUACGACCUGCCCAGUCUGAGUAUUAAACUGUACAGAGGCUGGAGGAGGGACCAGAAGACCGYGGCCACCACAUGAACCUCCUAACAACAAAACUCUGAAUACUUAUUAAGUGUUGAUGUGAUGGUAAUUACCACUUAUUGUUUACACAAUCAGGCUGAGUAUAUCACAGCUGAGCAGUGUCUUAAUGUUCAAAACUCUUCACUGUGAUAUUAAACAACAAACAAAAAUCAGCGAGCAAGAAAAAGCUAACAAAACUGCAUAAUUUACGACUAAAUAAAAACCCACAACAUUUUAACCACUUGUGUUGACACCCAGUGAGUGGAAGUGAGUCCACAGCACCAGAUACAGAAAAAAGUGCCACAAAUUAUGGGAACGGUCGCUUCAAGAAUGCGAUCAGAAGCAACAGCUGAGACUUUUUACUAAUUAAAAUCCAACAAGCAUAAGCAGUGGUGGGCACAGCGAAUUAGCUUCACUGGCUCAUAUUCUGCCAACUAAAAAGAUAGCUUUGCUAAACAAGUAAAAAAUUAGCAGAAGCUAACAUUAAUAGCUAUAAACACUAGGAUAAUUGUCACUCAGUCAGCAACACGUCUUUGUCUCAUGUUAGCUUAUUAGUUAGCAGUUAGCCAACUUAAAGCUUGCAAAAUCAAAUUUAGCGGAAGCUAAUUGGUAUGCUAACAGUUUUCAAAGUGAAUCAAAAAGCUUAUCCGCUAAACACAAAACUUUUUUCUCUAUAAGCUGAUUAGCAUGUACACAACUGCCAUGUCAAUUAAACUACAAUAUGACAGAGAAUUAGGGCCUGACUAAGGUAUUUUUGUCAAAUUGCAAGAAUAAAGUCAUAUUACAAGAAAGAAGUAUGAGUAAAAAUUUGGUUAAAAAAUAGUCAUAAUAUUACCAGAAUAAAAUAAACAGUGAAGUAUUUAUCUCAUAUUAUUAUUACUUUUUCUCAUAAUAUGACUUCAUAUUUUAUUCUCUUAGUCUGGCCCUAAUGUUUUGUCAUAAAAGUCUGUGUCAACAACAACUGCAAUGUUUUUAUUCAUUUAUGAUUGUUUGUCCAAAAUCUUUUGUUGUGAUUUAAUGUAAAUGUUGAUAUUUAAAAUGGUGCUGCUGUCUUGCCAGGUGCCUCUUGAAAAAGAGAAUGUAUAUCUCGAGUUUUUUUUUAAGUUAAAUAAAGAUAUCUAUCUAUUUUUAAAUUUCUGGACUUCUCAAGACCCCUUAGUGUUUAACGACCCUCAGUGUGGUCCGACUCCAGCUUUGGGAACCAUGAUUUAAUCUAGCUGAAUUAGGACAACAGAUCCUCACAAGUUUGUUUUUUUUGCCUUAUGUUUGAUAUGAUUUUUCUGUUUACUCCUUUUAUGUUUUUUUCCUGUGUUUUYUGCCUCAGUUAGUUCAGCUUGCCCCGCCCACUCACACCUGUUCUCUAUCUCAUUGUGCUCUUUAUGCCCUGUUCUCCUCAUCAGCCUUAGUCUAUUUAUCACCUCUGUCUGUCUCUCACCUUUUCGCCAUGAUGUGUUCAUACACCUCGUUUUCAGUGAUUAUUUCGAUUGUGAUUACUUUGCUGCCACUCCGGCGUUUUGUGUAAUUAAAGUUUUUAUGUUAUUCUACUUGA